AUGACAGCUCCUAUCCCACUCAUCGUCGACACAGAUCCGGGCGUCGACGAUGUGCUCGCGAUCCUGCUGGCGCUCGCUUCUCCGGACGAGGUGUCGGUCAAGGCGCUAACGCUCACAUUUGGCAACACCACGCUCGACCAUGCUAACGCCAACGUGCUGCGCACCGGAGCCAUCUUGCACCGACACCUUGCUGAUCCCUCAACGCCGGACGCGGUCAAGGCGCGCUACCGCAGCUUCCACGCCGAUGCCGAACCUAUCGUGGUGGCUUCGGGUUCCACACAGCCGCUGGAGUGCAAGAUGUUCACUGCCUCCUACUUUCACGGCCGCGACGGCCUCUCUGGCGUCCACUGGCUUCCGAACGACCCUUUCCCAGUGCCAGAAAAGGCACCCGCACCCCUCACGCCAACAGACAAGCACGCGACCGAUGUCAUCCUGGAUGUGAUUCGUGCUCAUCCUCCGCACACGGUACGCAUUGCAGCGCUUGGUCCGCUCACCAACCUCGCUGCUGCUUUCCGCAAAGAUCCCAACACCUUCGCCAAGGUGGGCGCAAUCACAGUGAUGGGCGGAGCCUUUGACGUCCCGGGCAACACUUCGCCCGUCGCAGAAUUCAACUGGUAUGCGGACCCGUACUCGGUGCGAGUGCUGAUCGACGAAGCACCGCGACAUCCUGCGCUUGGUGGUAAGCGCCUGCCAAUCCAAGUCCUCGGUCUCGACAUCACCUCCCACCACACCGUGCCGUAUUCGCGGUUAGUCAAGGCGACCUACGAGACGCCCAGCGACGUGCCCGAAGGCGCCAGUCAUCUCGAGCGGUUCGUCGGCACCUUCCUCACCCAUCCAAGGGCUUUCACCAACAAUAUGGUGGCGCCAGAAGAGUUUCACCCGGACCAGCACGAUCUCUUCCAGGCUCACGAUCCGCUUGCUGUCGCCCAUGCGAUCUUCUGUCCGAUGCCCGGCGCCGACUCUGCGGCGCAGACGGAUCACGGAUGGACGCAUUCCGAGCGUCGCUUCCAGAUCGAGACCUCGGGCGAGCUCACGCGCGGCUUCUGUGUGGUGGACCGAAGAUUCGUUGGCGCAAACAGCCGCAGGAAAGCGGGACACAACCGUGCGGAGGAUGCGGAUGACGGCGUCAACGGGCUUCACGUCAUCGAGAACCCCGACAUCCCCGUGCACAAGUCGGCCCAACCGGACAAGCCGGCGAUGAGCGACGAACCACAGGUAGGGUUGGUCGACGAAGUUACGGGGACGCCAGGCACACAAUGGUUUGCGCAGAUGUUCCUCGAGCGGAUCGGACUGUAA